AUGAAUCACGGCCAACAAUCUGGCGAGGCAAAGCAUGAAGAUGAUGCUGCUCUUACAGAGUUCCUUGCUUCUCUGAUGGAUUAUACUCCUACUAUUCCUGAUGAUCUAGUGGAGCACUACUUGGCUAAGAGUGGGUUUCAGUGCCCCGACGUUCGAUUGAUAAGACUAGUUGCUGUGGCUACACAAAAGUUUGUUGCAGAUGUUGCAAGCGACGCCCUUCAGCACUGCAAGGCUAGACCAGCACCAGUUGUGAAAGACAAAAAACAGCAAAAGGAUAAGCGUUUGAUAUUGACAAUGGAAGACCUUUCAAAAGCUUUGCGUGAGUAUGGAGUGAACGUGAAGCAUCCAGAAUAUUUUGCGGAUAGCCCUUCGACCGGAAUGGAUCCUGCGACAAGGGACGAAUAG